AUGGCAAAGAAGAAUAAACCAAAGAAGGCUGCUACGCCGACACCAACAGCAAAGGAGGAGGCCCAAUUAGCUAGGGAAGAGAGGAAAAAACAGCAGCAGUCAAAUAGGAAAUUGGUCACCAAUUCAUCCAGUUGGACUGGUAAAUUACCACACACUUUGUUGCAUGAGCUAUGUCAGAAGAGGAAGUGGGGUAAAGUGGACUACGAUAUGAAAAAGAUGGGCCCCGAUGGGUUCAUUGCCAUCGCAAUCCUGUCUUAUGUAGAUCCGAAAACUAAAGAAAUACUUACUGUCAAAUUGAGCGAUCCUACUUUUGAGAAAGGGAAACCCGGAAGUGGAUGUGUGGUUCCACAAGAGACUACUAUGGAAGCUAGACAUAUGGGUGCUACAGUAGCCCUAUAUCGUGUGGCCUAUAACACAAAUAUGCAUAUGAUGUUACCUCCUAACCAUAAGAAUGUCUGGUAUGCGUUAGAUGACUAUAGAAAGAAAUUAUUGAAAGAGGAACCCAAGAGGGCUGAGUGGUUGUUUGAUGUGGACCCUUUCAAGACUUUGUUGGAGGAUAGAAAGAACAGACAACAGAGAGAUAAAGAACGUGAAGCAAAGCAGCAACAGGCUGAAAAGGAGUACAAGGCUCCAGUAGUAAUUUCAGCCAAUACUUCAACCAAUAAGCAACAUAGUCCACGUUCUCAUGAUAGAUCAAUGCAUAAUAACAAGCACCAUUCGAAGCCACAUCGUUCUCUAGUUAGGUUCCCCAGAAAAGUAUGGGACCAUGCAACAUUUGUCAAUUUAGAUGAAUCUUCAAGACAACUUAUAGAGUCUUCCAUCAAACUACAUAUUAAUUGGAACGACAAACGUCUUAAAUUGGCUACCACUAACAAUGAUGCAGAUAGAAUUGGCCUGAAACAAAAGCUGCAAGAUUUGAAAUUUAGACAUGCACAUGUAGAAGAGGCAAUGAAUUAUAAAGAUCCUUUAUCAUUUCUGCUUUUCAAUUUACCAGAAGAUGACUUGCCUCCCUUCUUCCACAAGAGAUUGGAAGAUACUAGAAACAAAGUGGAGAUUGCAACCCUUCCUUUACAAACUAGAAUGAUGAUCGAUAGAUUGAUCGAAAGUGGAGUAUCCAGCGACGAGGCACUGCUGGCGUUGCAAAAGGCUAAUAUGGAUGAAAACAUUGCUGCUGGUAUUCUUACUGAAGAUAUUUACCCUCAAAUCAGAUCCACCCAUCUCAAUACUACAAAAGAUGAUUCUGAAUCCCUUGAAUGCUGGAGACAAGAGUUGGAAAGUUUACAAAGCAUAUACGAAGAUAAGGUUGAAGUUGUAAAACCAGAUUCAUCAUAUACUAUUAUGCUUUUUGAAGAGCUUAAACUGAAAUUGAAAGUUUAUCGAACACCAAAUUACCCACAUUCUUUACCAGGAAUAAUUAUUUCUACCUUUGACAAAAAUUAUAAGUUACCAAACUACAUCAAGAUACAAAUUCUUUUCAAAUUACUGAAGUAUAUAGAGGAAUCAAGCUUAUUAGGUGAAAUGCUAGUCUUUAGUAUCUAUGAAUGGCUGCAGGAUAAUUUAGAAACCAUUAUUGAAAACCCAGGCCCUUUACUUUCAGACACUGAGCUUUCAUAUUCAGCUUUAAAUUCCAAUAGCAGUUCAACAACAUCCUUAUCGAACAAGAGAAUAUCGAAAAAUUCAAAAUCUCGUCAUGGGAAAUAUAUGGCAACACCCGAGGGAUUAGAAACCUUAAAGGAGCAAUACAAUGCAAGGUUACAAUCCAAAGAACUUAAACAUAUGAUCAAAAUUAGAGAGGCACUUCCAGCUUGGCAAAAGCAAAAAAUCAUUGUUGAUCUAGUAAAAAAGAAUGAUGCUGUACUAAUCACUGGUGAAACAGGUUCUGGUAAAUCUACUCAAGUAGUCCAAUUCUUGUUAGAUUAUCUCCAAGGUGAUAUGCACGAUUUUGAUAAAACAAAAAUUAUCUGUACCCAACCCAGAAGAAUUUCAGCUAUUGGGUUAGCUGAACGUGUUUCAGAUGAACGAUGCAGUCCAUGUGGUGAGGAGGUUGGGUAUGUUAUCAGAGGUGUUAAUAAGACAAAGCCUACCACCAGAAUUAAAUUUAUGACAACAGGUGUCCUUGUCCGUGUUUUACAAACUGAUAGGACGCUACUUAACAAUUCCAUUGUAGUCAUUGAUGAAGUUCACGAAAGAUCGAUCGAUACUGAUUUAGUGGUCACCUUAUUAAAAAAUAUGUUAGGUAAAAUUCCUGGUUUGAAAAUUGUUCUUAUGAGUGCUACUGUCAAUGUUGAACUGUUUAAAAGCUUUUUCCCUAAACUUGGAACUUGUCAUAUCGAAGGUCGUACGUUCCCCAUUAAGGAUUACUUUUUAGAGGAUAUUUUGAAGACCCUAGAUUUUAAAAUUAAAAGAGAGAAGUACAAUUCAUAUGACUCAGAUGAAGAGGAGGAACAAGAUGGAUAUUUAAGACCUGGCGCCGACUCCAAAUUUUUCAGAUCUGGUAGAAUAAAUUAUGAUCUGUUGGUCGAUUUAGUAAAUCAUGUCGACCGUCGUUUGACCCAAGAAAAUAAUGAUGGUUCCGUCAUUGUAUUUUUGCCAGGUGUAGCUGAGAUUAAUAGAUGCUGUGAAAUGGUGAGUAGAAAUGAUUCUAGUGAUAAAUUUGUUGUCCUACCACUUCAUUCCGCAUUAACACCAGAGGAUCAAAAGCGAGUCUUCAGAAGAUAUGGCUCUAAAAGAAAAAUUGUAAUAUCUACGAAUAUCGCUGAAACAUCUAUAACCAUCGAUGAUUGUGUAGCUACCAUAGAUACUGGACGUGCAAAGACAAUGUAUUAUAAUCCUAAAGAGAACACUACAAAGUUGAUAGAAUCAUUUAUCUCGAAAGCAGAAUCAAAACAACGUAGAGGGCGUGCAGGGAGAGUACGUAAAGGUCUAUCUUUUAAGCUAUUCUCAAGGAAACUAUAUGAAGAAGAUAUGGUCAACAUGCCUGCCCCAGAAAUAAAACGUGUUGCAUUAGAAUCGUUAUACUUAUCUGUUAAAGCUAUGGGAAUUAAAAAUGUCAAAAAGUUCCUUGCGACCGGUUUGGAUCCGCCUCCAUUAGAUGCUUUAACAAAGGCUGAACGAAUGUUGACUACGGUGGGCCUAUUAAAUGAUUUCGAUAACUCCUUAACAGAACUAGGUAAAUUCAUUAGUUUGAUGCCUGUCAUGGAUAGCAAACACGGGAAGUUGUUGAUUUACAGUAUAAUAUUUGGUUGCUGUGAUAUUGGUAUCUUAAUCGUAUCCAUUCUAAGUGUAGGUUCACUUCCUUUUAUCGGUGGGUUGGAAAAUAGAGAUAAGGUCAAGAGUAUAUUAUCAAAAUAUGACAAUAGAGGUGACCUGCUAGCUGUAGUAGAGGUUAUAAGCCAAUACCUGAACGUUGAAGAUAAGCAGAUGCGAAACAAAUUCAUGAAAGAGCAUCUUUUAUCUUAUAGCAAGGUAUCUGAAAUAUUAUCCGCAAGAACCCAGUACACUUCGUAUUUAAAGGAUCUAGGGUUCUUACCAAUGCACUACAGAGAAGGAAAAUCUGCCCAUUUGAACAGAAAUAAGGACAAGUUGGAGAUCCUUACAAGUAUAAUUACUGGUUCCUUUUACCCAAAUGUCGCACGUGUUGAAUUACCAGAUCCAAAAUAUCUUGCCACUAGUUCUGGUGCCAUUGAAAAGGAUCCAGAGGCAAAAUUAAUCAAGUAUUGGAUUAGAAGCGAAGAAUACCAAGAUAAAUUGUAUGCAUUAAAGCAUGAACUGAAAGAUAAACAACAUAAAGUUGAUUCAGUUUCACUACCAUUGCCGGCCACAAGAUCUUUUAUCCAUCCGUCAUCGGUUCUAUUUACUUCUAAUAUUGUUAAUGAUGAAGAUGCAAAAUUGUUGACCGACUAUGAUCAACCAGUAUUGAAAGAAUUUACUAGUGCGCCAAUAUUAAGGUUCCCAUUUAUCAUGUUUAAUACUUCACACAUGACAACCAAACUGUAUUUGAGAGAUGUGACACCAACAUCCACCUUAUCAUUGCUAUUAUUUGGUGGGCCAAUUAGUUACGAUGUUGAUGGAGAGAUUCACUCACCAGGUAUUGUGGUGGAUAAUUGGUUACCUAUAAGGACAUGGUGUAAAAAUGGUGUUCUCAUUAAAGAGUUGAGAACGUUAUUGGACAUGUCAAUCAAGCAAGUACUUGAAAAUCCACAGUAUACCAAUUCUCCAUCGGAGGAAGAUGAAAAGCACGCGGCUGUUGUUCUCGACUUAGUGGAGAAGAUAAUCAAAAUUGAAUGA